AUGAUGGCACAGCGACGGGGUACCAAGCGGGCCAGCGGCGUUGGCGUCUGGAGAAGCCUAGUCCAGGUGAGGUUUGGCGUGGACAGAAAACGGGCGUUGUCCCCAACAAGCACGGACCCCAGGCGGCGGAAUCGAUGUGGUCAUCGAUCAAUCUCAUGUCAAGCCUCUGGCCAGCCCGAAUUUGGGGCCAUCUCAGACAACACGCGCAGCUGGGUGGGGCGCGCCAACCUUGAUGGGCGUGAUGAGGUUGAUGGGUGCGCCCUCAUUGGGCUGUUUGAGCGGGAAGACCCGCAGGACAUGUACCUUUGUAUCUCCAACGUCCUGUGCGGGCGGAUAAAUGCCCGCAACUGCCUUAGCCGACCUGCCGACCUUGGCAGCCACCUCCUGGAGGCCCCUGUCUGGCACGUCUGCCAGUGUCUGGGACAAAGGACCGGGCCACCCGCACUCGACUGA